CCCCUUCACGCCCACCCAUCCCUCCAGUUUGAAAAAUUGACGUAGAGAUGAGAGAACAUGAAAGAUCAAGGCCACAAUAACCAAACAGUUUGAACUAAAUUUUAAAAGAACACGCAGGCUGACAGCACCGAGGCGGGCGUCCAGUGUCCCCGAGUGGAUUCAGAGAAAUGGAUUUAUCAGUUGGUACUAACCUGACAGAUCUGACGAUACAAAGAACGCGUGUGACUGUGCGAGAGGUGGGUGGAUCCAUGGGACCGAUCUGGCCCAGUUACUACAAGGACUGCAGGACUGUGCUGUUCAUUGUGGAUGCUGCUAACCCAAGCCAGGUGUCUGCAUCCUGUAUCCAGCUCCUGGCUGUUCUCUCUGCUCAUGAUCUCGCCACGGCGUCAGUGCUCAUUAUCUUCAAUAAAACGGAUCUGCCAUGCUGUAUGUCAUUGUUGGAAAUGAAAUCAUUGUUCAGAUUGGACGACAUAAUAGCUUGUGCUAAGCAGCCAAUUACUGUUGUGGAAACAAGUGCCCUCAAGGGCACGGGACUGCAAGACGUGGUACAGUGGCUGCAUUCCUCUAGUGGCCACUAAGUAUAAGGCUUAGGUGGGUUCCCUCUUCAUCUCACCCUCAUCACUCUGAACCAUUGACAAAACAACAAAUAAACGUUUUGAAGCUCACAUGGCGCUUGUCAAAAUCUGCACUGCUUUCCUAAAGCUGCAUUACAGCUGGAUUACAGAUAAUAACGAGGAGCAGCUAACAAGGCAGUUGGAUAGUUAAUUUCAUUGUGUUCUGUACUAGUUUAGGAAGUGUGUGUAACUGUAUAUACUUGUGUGUGUAAUAUGUGUUUGUAUACAGUACUGUUGACUGAUACUGCAUAACACCCGUACUGUAAUGCCUUGGAUGCAUGAAGUUGUUCACCAUUCUGUUUAUCACCACCAUUUGUUUAUCCCUUUUUAUAACAUAAGUAAUUGACUAUAAAUUUUAUUACUGUU